UCAGACGUGUUAUACCGAUGCCUUAUAAUUAUUGCCUGUCAUGGUUCCCGUCAUCUCUGAACACUUAUAUCUAUAUAAAUGCAUUGGCGAUGCAUUGGCAAUCUAGUGUCUCAAGUAUCGCAACUGUGAAACCAAUGGCUCGGCUAAGCUACAUCGUGUUAAUUAUUGCCACGAACGCACUGAUAUGCGUUCUCGCAGAAGAGCUUUAUCCUAAUCGAUAUGAUCAUCUCGAUGUGCGAGCUCUUCUCCAAAACGACACUCUGCGAGAAGACUAUUACAAAUGUUUUAUGGAAUUAGCACCGUGCACGACAUUAGCACAGCAGAGAUUAACAGGUAUAGCUAUA